AGUGAGCGAGAAGACGGAGGAGGCAGUAUGCGUAUAAGAAGCGAUGCAGUUUUCUGCCGUAUUUGUUUGCGUCCGUAUGCAUACCUAAUGAAGGAUGAUUAGAGCAUGGUGCGAAUAUAUUUCUUCAGUGUUCGGCUCUUGAUAACCCGAAAACGGACGUGAAAAGGUCGUAGUUUUCUUUGCUGGAAGUGAAGGAGCACGAACGGAGCCGCUGGAUUUGGACCGCAAACUCAAGAACAGUGGGGGAACCGCUUGCCUGUAGUCUACAACACGGGGCUGGCUACUGAGCCAAAACUCAGAAGAGAGGGAUAUGACAAGCUACAUACAGAGUUUUCCAACCCCAUAAGGACUGCUUAUAACUACUUUUAUUUAUUUAUUUUUUGCAUUUUUUUUGUUUCGGUCAGAAUUCAUGGACAACAGCAGAGUUUCUGGAGCCUAUUAGUCAACUGACGUGACGUGUAGAAGUUUCACAGGAGCACAGACCGUAGGAAACUCCAAAACGAAAUAAACCAUCUUGUUUAUCCAACGACAACAGGUUGCACAUCGGAGUAAGGGGAGUAGCUAAUCCAAGAACUGGCUGUAUUUAUCUCAGAAUUUUUAUACAGCAAGUGGGAUUUUUACUUUAAAAAUGUAUUUUCUGUGACCAAAAUAUGGAAGGUUUAUAGAAUCCAUAUGUUCUGAUCUGACAGUUCUUCUCGUGUAUUUGUAGCCAUCAUAAUGGCAAGAUUUACCGGCUUGGUACAGUGCCUCCGUCAAUUGGUCUGGCCUUUUGGUUGUAUGCUGGUACUUUUUGGCUAUAUCUCAAUUGCUUCGCCUUCGCACGGCCGUCGGCUAAUAUGCUGGCAGGCAAUAAUGAAGUGUCAAGUCGAGCCAGAAUGCUAUUACGCAUACGGACAGUAUCAGUACGCAUGUGGACCUGUAAUCCACGGGGAUAAAAAGUCGUGUCCCAGUCAUUGCAUCUCGUCGCUCGUGCAACUCAACCUAACUAAAAACGGUCCAGCUUUGGAGGACUGCGACUGUGACACGGAUCCCAUUUGCAGAAGUACAAAACGUGCCAUCGAGCCUUGUAUGCCCAGGACUAGCACUAUGGGCUGCACAGAAGCCCGACGCCAGUGCGAGAGUGACUCACAAUGCAGCAGUGCAAUGCGAGACUAUUUAAUUCAUUGUGGAAAACUGUUCAGUGGGAUAAGGUGCACGGAAAGCUGUCGGAAUGUAAUCGCAAAUUUGCGCACGAUUCCAAAAGCACAACUCUUGGAUACUUGCGUCUGUGAUGGAACAGAAAGGACCAUCUGCGAAUAUAUAAAAAUAAGCAUGAAAACUCUUUGUUUUGACUCUUACGAUGAUGGUAGUGGAUUUUCGGAUUCAGAAGAAGAUCCCGAUUACUACGAGGAGUUCGAGACAACACCACGAUAUUCCAAUGUGGGUAGCGCAGGUCGGCUUGUAAGAGCCCAGUGUGUUUUGACUGUGGUGGCAUCCAUUUUGGUUCUCGUGCCUCUUCUCUAAUUUUCGAGCUAAUCAUCUACCCGGACUAUUGUCAGAUAAGCGCCUUUUAUAAACCUUUGUCACCAGCCACGCAACAGCAGUUGAAUGCUUUCGACUCCAAAGAGUAUAUACAUGUCUUUGCAUGACACUUGAGUUUUUAAAAUGAGUUUUUUUCCUGAAGGUUGUUCCGUUUUAUACGCUGUGAUUUCAUCUAUGCAAUUUUUUCAGUUUCUACUUUGGUCGAGGUUAUCCAUUUCUAUGGUCAGUAGAUUUCAGUAUUUAUUCUGACUGUGAAUGGUCUAAAAGUGAAGUAACAACGGCUACCAAAUACCUAAGCUUUGUAACACUAUUGCCUUAAAACAUAUGCUACGUUAAUAGCUUAUCACACGCUUUGUUGUAGUCUGAAUUGCCAGCAUUUGCGUUUAACAGAAAUCCCGUUUAUUCUAAAGUUCCAUAAUGCAUAUUCACACGUUUUAUUGUGUUCCUUGGAUUGAACAAUGCUAGUUUUAAACAAAAAGCUGUGCACUGCCAACAAUUAACUAGUGUUUAGUGUUGUUGCCGUUAUCAGGAUGACUGAUACAGCAUCUCCACAAAGUCUAUUUAAUGCUGGAAUUCAUUGCGAGUAGCCUACACUUGUACAUAACGGGACAAAUGCAUCUAAAAGUAAUUUAUUUACAAAGGUUAUGUUCACAUCCGGAGUUUCUAUAUAUUGCUCAGUCGUGAGAAUUCCAGUUUUAAAGGGAAAUUAGUUGUAUGUAUUUUUUUUCUUUUUAAAAAUAUUGUACAGUGUAUUAUAUAGAUUUUCAGAGAAUCUUUUAAUUGUAUUAUAUCUAAGAUGAAUUAUUCACUGUGUAGAAAUGUCUAAAUCUACUGUAUAGCUGCCUCGAUGGUGUAUUUUUUAAGGAAGGCAUAAAAGAGAUUGAUAGUAAAAAUC